AAAGGGAAAAGGAAGGCCGGGGGGACGAAAUAAAGAAACGGAGUUCAAGAUGAAAACGGAGAUCGAGGCCGAAGAAGCUCGAAAACCCUAACAGCUUACGGAUCGGAAUCCUCUCUCCCGCGGGUCAGGUAGUCUCCGGUUCCUUCCUGUUCCUCGAGCUUCUCCUCGUCGAAUGGUGCCAGUCAAUUUCCGCAUCGCGUGAUCUCUCCGCCUCUCACGCCUCUUGCGGCACGUAGGGGCCUGCGAUUCCACUGGAACGAUCUCCUCUAAGCUCGGUGGGUCCGCGUCGGUCCUGUUCGGCUGGGAUCAGCGAUGGAGGUCUGCUGAUGAGUGUAGAGGAUUGCUCACUUUAGAGGAUUAUUCAAAAUGACAUCAACAGCAUUGUUGCUGUGUUAUAUGUCGGUUGUAGUAUGCUUGCGAUUGAUUGUUGAGGCGAGACAUGUCAGCCAUAUGUCAGCAGCGAUGAUAACAUCUCCAUCUGCUGCUCCUGUAGGUCGAUGGGAUCAAGUCUAUUCCUUGAUCUCUUCAUCAAAGGUUGAAAAUCAUUUCCUAGAAAACCUUCCAAUCAAUAGAGAACACAGGAAGUACUCUUCACCGCUUGCUGCAACAUCAUCAAUGACGUUCAGAGAUUCAGUUGAUUACAGGUCCCUGACCACUGUUAGGCUUCCGUCGCCAAGCAUUUCAAGUUUAGUAAAUACUUUCAUGGAUCAUAGCAUGUAUCCUUCUACAGAGUUGGCUGUCACACCUUCACCUUUUGGAUAUUCUCCUCCAGCACAUUCAAAUGCAGUUCCAACUACCUUUACACAGCCACCAUUGUCACCUCAAACUCAAUGUUGUGAGUCUAAUAAGGUGCAGAAGCGAGGUACUGAAGAUUGCUAUUGUGUUUACCCAGUGAAAGUUGAGUUGUUCCUACAAAAUGUUUCUAUGAUUUCAAACUGGAGUUAUGAAUUUCUUCAUGAACUAGCUUAUCAGCUCAAGUUGGACAUGGAUCAGUUUGAGAUUAACAAUUUCUAUGUUGUUGGUGCAUCUGGAUUAAAUAUCACAAUGGACAUAGUGCCAUUUGACGGGAUAAGUUUUUUUGCUGACCAGGUUCUUGCUAUGAAUUCUUCACUUGCACUGCAUAGGGUUCAUAUCAAUCCUGAGCUAGUAGGUGAUUAUAAACUUCUUAAUUUGACUUGGUUCAGGCCACUGGCUUCUCCUCCUGUUCCUUCUCAGUCCAUCUCACCGGUGGCUUCACCACCUGGGAUACCCUACUUACCUACUUUUACGACGAAGAGUGAUACUGGAGAUGACAGGAAACACUCAAAUUUUUUAUUGGUUAUUGGAAUAUGUAUCGGUGUCCUGGUUGCUGUUACUUUUGUUUCUCUUAUCCUUUGUUUUUGUUCAUCUCGCAAAAGGAUGGAGGUGCCGACAGAAGAAGUGAAGUCUACUAGAACAGCAGAUGCAGCUUCUGUGGAAGGUUGUCUUCCAUAUCCUUCAAGUACACGCUUCCUUUCUUUUGAGGAGCUUAAAGAGGCUACACAUAAUUUUGAGCCUGCUAGCAUGGUUGGAGAAGGUGGAUUUGGUCGUGUGUUCAAGGGUGUGCUGAGUGAUGGUACUGCUGUUGCUAUCAAGAAGCUCUCUGGUGGAGGACACCAAGGAGACAAAGAAUUCCUGGUUGAGGUUGAGAUGUUGAGCAGGUUACAUCAUAGAAAUCUUGUCAAACUGAUUGGUUAUUAUACCAGCCGCGACUCAUCACAGAAUCUUCUUUGCUAUGAGCUAGUUCCAAAUGGAAAUCUGGAGUCUUGGCUUCAUGGUUCUUCAGGAACAAACUGUCCUCUAGAUUGGGACACAAGGAUGAAAAUUGCCCUUGAUGCUGCUAGAGGUUUAGCUUACCUUCAUGAGGAUUCACAGCCCUGUGUGAUCCACAGGGAUUUUAAGACAUCCAAUAUAUUGCUGGAAAACAACUUCCAUGCCAAGGUUUCUGACUUUGGUCUGGCAAAGCAAGCACCUGAAGGGUGUGCAAAUUAUCUUUCUACACGUGUUAUGGGAACAUUUGGGUACGUAGCGCCUGAGUAUGCCAUGACAGGACAUUUGUUAGUAAAGAGUGAUGUGUACAGCUAUGGAGUAGUUUUACUUGAACUAUUGACAGGAAGGAGGCCUGUUGAUAUGUCACAACCUUCUGGCCAGGAAAACCUAGUAACUUGGGCACGGCCAAUUCUUCAUGACGGUAAUAGAUUAGAAGAACUUGCAGACCCUCUGCUUGCUGGUAAGUAUCCAAAGGAUGAUUUUGUGCGAGUUUGCACAAUUGCUGCAGCUUGUGUUGCACAAGAGGCAAACCAGAGGCCUACAAUGGGAGAAGUAGUGCAGUCCCUUAAAAUGGUGUAUCGUGUGGCAGAUUGCCAGGAUGCCCAGCCAACACCCUCAACUAAUCCAAGGAAUAAACCCUCAACAACCUAUGAAUCAGAUGCCACUUCAUCAAUGUUCUCGUCUGGUCCUUUUUCAGGACUAAGCCUUUUUGACAAUGACAACAUUUCCAGAACAGCUGUAUUUUCUGAGGAUCUCCAUGAAGGUCGGUGAGGUGGAUGUUCAAUGUUUAGAUGUGAGUGCAGAAUUGUUGGCUGGGUUAACUAUUGAAUUUUGUGUUAUUUUUGUAUAUUGCGUUUGUCAUCUUCAAAUUUUAGAUUCAAACACAUGAAAAUAUUUAUUCUUCUUUCCUCGAUUAUCA